AUGUCAUCAGGGGGCAGUAGAUAUAUAGAAGAGGCUUCUUUGGAUGCCAUUCGGCGAUUUCAGAACAUGCUGGACGAGGAUGAUGAAUCGGACUACAGGGUUGUUUCCACUACACAACAACGAUUGGACCUUUUACUUUCGUCCCCAGAUGAGAUUAUUGACGUCUCAAAACCAUCGCGAAUACGAAAGACUAUUGAAUCUUCAAGAGUCACCACCACUUUCACUCAGCGAGUAAUAGAGGGAAACGGCUUUACCCUUGCCUUGCUUUUGGCAUCGUGCAUCCUGUUUUAUCUUUGGAAGCAUACUGGGAAACAUCAACACACAGCUAAAGCGAAAACGAAAUCACCAAGUAGAGAAACAGAAGAAAAGAAAGUCUCGGAUACUAUCAGUUCACAUGCCCAAGAACCAAGGCUUCACAAAGCUGUUUCAUUCAGGGAAAGCACAGGCCAACAAGACAGUUCCUUCGAACCAAGGGACCGACAUUGUGUUGGGGAGGGUGAAGUGCCACCUCUACGGGCAGAAGCUUUACAAACAUCACAAACGGAUACACUUACUAUGGGAGACAACUCGACUGCCACAGGUAUAAACGUGCCAGAAAAUUCUCUUGGAACAAAUUCUCUUGGAUCAAAUUCUGAUCUGGUCAGAAGCAACGAUGCUUCGAGUCAGAUAGUGCUACAGACUGAUGUCGAUGGUAGCGACAAAACCCAACUCUUGACCAAGCUAGUAAGGGAUAUAAAGCUUGCAGAAGACUUCCUCGCGGAAAAUGGUUUGGAUAGGUCUUUAGCCCAGCAAUUGGCUGUUAGUAUGACAACUUCUGAGGCGGCGGCAGAGUCACAGCGGCAACUGGAGGCCCAAAGAAUGAUGAUGGACCAUCACCAACGAACCCUAGAUCGGCAGUUAUCACAACGUCAGCAUGAGGAAUCGCUGCAUGCCUCGAAAUAUGAUCCGAACUGGACCGAGAAACUGGAAAAGAAACGUGACUUGUGCUGGAGUACCACAACACGGAUCGUUUUUGAGGUUCUAGUGAUCCAUUAUCUCUCAAUGAUAUUGAAACCAGUGAUGAAUUCCUUCACCUCUCAAUCAUAUUUGUCAUUUCAAGAACUUGGUAGACUGGCCAUUUAUGCAAUUUGUGAUUGCGGCUCAUCCACAGAUGGGAUUGUAUCGUCACCAGUGUCCACUGCUUUGUUUUCGACCCCUCGAACACUCGUUCUUUUCGACUAUAUUGGACUGAAUUACAUAUUGGCCAUGGAUGCCGGUCUAUGCUAUGGCCAUUGCCUUCUCUCAUUUGGAUGCACGGCAGUGUGUGUCGCAGCCAUACACCAAGGGCUCAGAAUACUUUCCGCACCUUUUUUGGUCCACCAGAUUGUAAAUGUUGCUUCACUUGCGUUACUCUUUGGCGGACCAAAUAUUUCUUUGGAAGCCUUGGUCUCAUUUUCCAAGAUUCACAUGCUGGGAAUUGGGUUGCUUUGCAUAUUCGGAAUGGUUCAAUGGAACUUUUCCAACUGUAGACGUCGAGUUCAGCACGCGUGCAAGUCACCAACUGCAUUUCCAGAGAACCUCGAAACAAGUAUGCAACAACUGGACACGUUGUACAUGCAGCUGUGCCUGGUUCGCUACGCGAUGGUGACUGUGUUUUGUGCCACUCUUUUCAUGAGGGGCGAGUUAACAUGA